GGGAGCCUGGUUGUGAGCGCCCGAGGCAGCGGGUGGAGGCUGCAGUGUGUCCCUGCAGGCGGGAGGCUGACUCGCACACAGUGACGCUCAGAUGAGAGGAGAGGAGGAGGCGGCGGCAGCCAGAGGGAGUGGCGACUGAACAGACGACGCUCUUCCAAGCCAGCAGCGCUCCAGAGCGCAGACUGCUGUCAGCCUGUCACUCAGAGCGGAGGGCCGGGACCCGGAGCCGUUGCAGUUCCUCUGCACUUUGCUCUGGAGGCCGAUGAAGAGGAGGUAGCUCCUUCCAGAGAGGCCUGCCGCUUGCUUCCAGUCGACAAGAUGCAUCUGGUGGUAGAACCCAUUCAGCAGGCCGUGAUGAAGAUGAUCCCCUACUUUGUGGAGAAUGCGGUGUUGACCCAGAGUGAGAUAAACCGCAUCCUGAGCGAGAGCUUCUUCAUGGUGAAGGGUGCUGCUCUCUUCUUGCAGCAGGGAAGCAGCCAUCAGGGCCAGAAAGCACAUCCUCAUCACAAGCAUGCAGGCGACUUACCUCAACACCUGCAGGUGAUGAUAAACAUUCUGCGCUCGGAAGACAGAAUUAAACUGGCGGUGCGGCUGGAGAGUGCGUGGUCGGACCGCGUGCGAUACAUGGUGGUGGUGUAUACCAGCGGGCGACAGGACACAGAGGAGAACAUCCUUUUGGGAAUCGACUUCACCAACAAAGACUGCAAAAGCUGUUCCAUCGGCAUGGUGCUACCUCUGUGGAGUGAUACCAAGAUCCAUCUGGACGGAGACGGGGGCUUUACUGUGAACACAGCAGGUCGGACUCAUGUCUUCAAACCCGUGUCGGUGCAGGCUAUGUGGUCGGCGCUGCAGGUGCUGCACAAAGCGUGCGAGGUGUCACGCAGGUGUAACUACUUCCCCGGAGGCAUGGCGCUCACCUGGAUGGGCUACUACGAGAGCUGCAUCUCCUCCGACCAGAGCUGCAUCAACGAGUGGAACGCCAUGAAAGAUUUGGAGACGACACGGCCGGACUCACCCACCAUGUUUGUCGACAAGCCUUCGGAGAGAGAAAGGACAGAGUGCCUUAUUAAAGCCAAACUCAGAAGCAUCAUGACGUGCCAGGACCUUGAAAACGUCACCUCGAAACAGAUUCGAAUAGAGUUGGAGCAGCACAUGAACUGCAACCUGAAGGAGUACAAAGAGUUCAUUGACAACGAGAUGCUGCUGAUCCUGGGCCAGAUGGACAAAGCGACCCUCAUCUUUGACCACGUCUACUUGGGAUCUGAAUGGAAUGCGUCUAAUUUGGAGGAGCUGCAGGAGUCGGGGGUGGGCUAUAUUCUCAACGUUACCAGGGAAAUAGACAACUUCUUUCCAGGCACAUUCAGUUAUCACAACAUCCGCGUCUACGACGAGGAGGCCACUGACCUGCUGGCUCACUGGAACGACACAUACAACUUCAUCGUGAAAGCAAAAAAGAAUCACUCAAAGUGUCUGGUCCACUGCAAAAUGGGGGUGAGUCGCUCGGCCUCCACCGUUAUCGCUUACGCCAUGAAGGAGUACGACUGGUCCCUGGAGAAAGCGUACAACUUCGUCAGAGAGAAGAGGAGCAUCACACGACCCAACCCGGCUUUCAUGAGGCAGCUGGCCGAGUACGAGGGGAUUUUAGAUGCCAGCAAACAGCGGCAUAACAAGCUGUGGCAUCCGGACGCAGACUGUGAGAUGGCGGAGGGGCAGCAGGGCUCGGCUCCGUCCUGUGGAGGAGAGGAAGGCGAGCACCUGACCCCAGAGCCAGGCAUGUCUCCCUGCUGCGAGGAGGCGCUUUCCACGAAAGGCGCCGCCUGCCCCUCCCCGCGCAGGGCCGUCGCCCUGGAGAUCGACCCGGCCUACAACAACUACUAUUUCCGCCGGCUGUCCGACUCGGCGCUCGACAGCGAGCCGUCGACGCCCGUGCGCGGCCCCCCUCUUUUAGGAAUGGAAAAGGUCUUCAUAGAAAUCGAGGAUGUGGAGCGAGACGCCCUGCUGGACGACGAGGCGUUCGACGGGCGCGAAGGCCUGCCGCUCCCCCACUUCGGGCCCUCGUCGGAGGGAACCGCGGCACAGACCUGCGGCCGAGGCCCCGAGCCGCUGGAGGAGCUGCGCCUGAGGCUGGAGUUCAGCACGGUGGAGGAGGAGGAUGAGGAAGACGUACGAAAGGAGGAGGCAGAGAUGGAGGUGCUGAUGCAGCCAGAUGACGGAGGAGGAGGCGGCGGCGGCGAAGCGCAGGAUGUGGAGGUAGAGGGUGAUACGGAGGGUAACGGGAUGGAUCUGGCAACCCUCAACGAAAACUCCAACAACAACAACCACUACAGCUCUCUGCACAGCCACAGUGAAAAGGCUUCUUCCCUGCUUCUACCAGCCGAUACUUCCAUUCUAUCUUUGAGGGAUGAGACUAAAUCUGUCGACAAAGGAGAUAAUCCAUCCCUGGCUUCUGAGCUUUGCCUUAACCCUCGUCGUCCUGAGGGCCCAAGUGCUUCAUUCCUACAGUCCCGUACCUCGCCUGAAGGCCCCCGGUCUUCAGUGGGACUGCAGGGCCCCUGUGGCCUGCUCUCUAACUGUGCCAACUGUGCUCCCUCCCCAUCCGCAGCCCGACCUGACAGAGAAGAGCAACCGAAAGGAUCUUUACGGAACAUUAAGCCAGAAGACAACGGCAGUCUCCACAGGUUGAAGACUGAGCCGGGCGGGGGCCCGUCCGCGGCCGCCGCGGAGGCUCUCCCGGCUCUGAUGAGCAUGGACGGGGAGGAAGAGAAGCCAGGAGUGGCCUGCUACCUCGGCCCGCAGCAGGAGACCCUUUACCAGCUCCGUCGGUCCGGGUUGGUGCGCCGUCGCGCGGAGAGACUAGAGAAGCUGUCGGGCUCGGCCCAGGAGAGCCUCCACUCCCUGAAGCCUUUGCACGCCUGCCAACUGUCCAAGAAGAGUCCCUUCCUCACCGAGCAGGACGAACAGCUCCCUGGCUUUCCCGCCGACUUCUGUAAAACUUCCACGCCGUGCCAAGUACGGUUGGAGCCUCUGGUGGUGCCACUGACCAAUGAAGCCUUGCUGGGGGUGGUGGGCUCCGGGCUGCUCACCCCCACCACCUCGCCUCACGGCUCCACCCUGACCCGCAGCUCCAGCAGCGACAGCCUGCGCAGCGUCAGGGGGAAACCCGGCCUGGUGCGCCAGAGGGCGCAGGAGAUCGAGACCCGCAUGCGGCUGGCCGGCCUCACCGUUCCCUCCAGACUGAAGCGGUCCAACUCGCUGGCCAAGUUGGGCAGCCUCACCUUCUCCUCCGAGGACCUGUGCUCGGUCUGCUCCUCGGACGCAGGGACGCUGCUGCUCCUGUCUCUGUCCCCAGACCCGGAGCCCGGCCUGGAGUGGGACUCCCCCACUCAGUCCGCCCUGUCCCGGCCCGGCAAGGACCUGCACACUCCGGAGAGAGCGCUGUCGAGCGAGCCCAGAAGCUGACAAAUCCAGUGGAGGAUCUACACACUCCACCCACGCCCUCCUCGCUCGUCCUGCGGCGCUCGAGGAGGCUGUACAGAUUCUGGAAACAAAUAACAAAAAAAAAAAAAAAAACCAUGCCAAGUGUUGUUGUAAGGAGUGUUCGCUCUCCUUUUGCCACAUUGUUUCUCAAACUG